CGAAAUUGAACUUGUGAAUUUCUCGCGAAACGUAGUGAUUGAACUGAAUUAAAGUGAAGCAAGUGAAAGAUAUACAUAAUAGACACGCAAAUAUUGUGAUUAAUUCGAUAAUUGUAAGAACUGUGACAUUUUAAUCGUUAUUGUUAUUCAUACGGACAUUAGAGUGAGAUAUCGAAUCAGAAAUACGAACAAUUUUAACGCUGAUUAUCGAAGUCGAAUUGCCGCGACCUUCCUCCAGGGUUUUGGCGUGGUUUUUCACCCGGAGGCAGAGGGUAUACGAGUAUAUAUAUACCGAGGUUGUUCACGGUGCAGAUAAGGACCACGUAAAAAUACCCUUACGCGACCGUAGGCACACGCGAAGAAAAGAGACGGAGAAUACGCUUACCGUCUACUAUUGGAAUUGGGAAGAGAACGAGAAUACGAGCAUCAGUACGAGAGGAAGGAAGACACGUAGCUGGAUCGACAACGUACCAAAGUGAGACAGAGGCUUGAAUCAUCAGUACGAGAGGAAGGAAGACACCUAGCUGGACCAACGACGUAGCAAGUGAGGCAGAGGCUUGAAACUUCAGUACGAGAGGAAGGAAGACACGAAUAGCUGGGCUGAAAACGUACCGAAUCGACGCAGAGGCCUGAAUUACCAACACGAGAGGAAGAGCAGCGAAUUCGACUCUAAACCACAGUAUCAUCUGAAGUAGUAAGUCACCAAGUCGAUUGAUGUAACGCGUUCCUCUCGAAUUUGCAAUUGAUGAAAUUUUGACAGCCAUAAUUACGAAGAGCAAAGUAAAUUCAUUUCGUUUAUUGCAUUCAAUUGGCAGUUAAGAAAACAAUCAUUAAAAUGACCGAUCAUAUCAAUGAAAGUACGAAUAACGGAGAACCAUUAGGUAGAGAUAACACUAAUGCAUCGGAGAACUCGCAAAGUGGUGUAGAUGGUGAUAUUAUUUUGAAUAAUAACAACGGUAGCGCAAAUCAAACAGAAAAUAUUCCAUUAGAUCUAACGUCAGCUUUGGUACCAACAAACGGUGAACAAGGUAGAUUGAACACGAUUCCUAACACACGAACCAGCAUAAUGUCGAAUGAUAGAACUAUGUUACCAGUCGUUUCGACGAAUGAUCGGAAUGUCCAACCCCUUUACCGAAAUUCUCAACCUUCAACGAGUUCGUCGCUAACUCACUCUUUUCCUGGAAUUGAAUCAAACGGAAGUCAUAUGAGUUUCAAAUCCGCUUUAGACUUUUUACCGCAAUUUUAUGAUGGUCAGAAUAUUCCGAUUUCAAAAUUUGCUCGUGAUUGUUUAUUCGCGCAAGAAUCUAUCGUAGAAAGAGAAAGGCCCCUACUGCUUCGUAUGAUAAGAUCUCGAUUGCGUGGCGAUGCGGAUCUAUAUUUACAAGACCAAGAGAUCAAUUCGUUAGAAGACCUUUUGAAUGACUUAAAAGCCGCAUUUUCACCUCACGAAAACGUUCAGGACCUCACAGCGAUGCUGUCUACCGUAACACAGAAAACUGAAGAGACUGCUGAAAUGUACGGGGUUCGCGUACGGAAAAUUUUGAAUAGACUGGUCACCGCGAUUGAGCAUGAUAACGCCCCAGAAAUUUCAUUUGGAAUGAUUCACGCAGCUCGAGCGUCCGCAAUUGUCAAUUUCUUACGUGGUUUGAAAGGAGACCUUGAGUUAAGAGUUCGCGUUAAAAAUCCAAAAACCCUUCAAGAAGCCACGAGUUUUGCGAAAGCAGCAGAGUGGGAGGUUGCUUACCAAAAGGGACUUCGUUGCGACAAUACCUUGACAGAUAAUGAGGAAAUGAAGAAAAAUACUAAAACUCCAUCUCAGGAUAGAUUUAAUCCCUACCGUUCGAAAAGGAAUUCACGCGUAUUUUCUUGUGAAGCGGAGCAUGCCGGAGAAUCGUCUCGCGGGUCAUAUCGAUAUAUGGGACGCGGUCCAAAACAAACAGGCCAAUCAUCAGAACACGGUCAAACUCAGCGGAACCUUCCAGGUUGUUAUAUUUGCGGGGAAACAAACCAUUUUGCUCGCGGAUGUCUGAAGAAAAUUUCGAAUAACCAAACUAAAUGUUAUGUUUGUGGAAAGUUAGGUCAUCUUGCUCGCGAUUGUUACAAUAGAAAUAAACCACAGAAUAAAAUUCAAAAACGUGAAACCGAAGAAAGCGUAGAAGAGAAAUCACUUGACCGGUCCGAAGUGAAACAGACUAUGAAAUUCGGAAAAUCGAAGAACCCAAAGGAGUCUUUAAACUAGAAA